AUGAAUAGAAUUUCGUUUGAUGUCUCAGCAAAUAUAAUGACAAGCAACAAGCUACGAGUUAUAGUCAUAGGCGGCGGCAUAGCAGGCCUCUCCGCCGCCGCCGUCCUCCGUCAAAAACACGACGUGACAGUCUACGACCGCGACGAUCCGACCUCAUCCUCCUCCUCCCCCGCAACCGCCCCGGAGUGCGGCGCCGGCAUCGGCCUUGGUCCCAACGGCACGAAGAUGCUCAAAAAGGCCUUUCAAUUCAGCCCUGAAAACGUCAAGGCCACGAUCUGCGCCGGCUCGAGGACGUACGAUAAGCAAGGGAAUCUGUUACGGGAGAUGACGGGCGUAUCGGAGCCGUUUGGGAGCGAGUGGCUGCUGAUGCACCGCGGCGACUUGCGGGACGAGCUGUUGAGGCUCGCGACGGGGGACGCGGCCAAGUUGGGGAUUUCGGGACCGCCGGCUACGGUUGUGGAGGGGGUUCAGGUUGUCGGUGUUGAUGUUGAGGAGGGGAAGGUGAAGUUGAAGAAUGGGGAGGAGGUAACAGCCGAUGUGAUUGUUGGCGCAGAUGGCAUUCACUCCCUCGUCCGACAAGCUGUCCUCGGCGGGCCAUCUCACAUGGUAUCACCGGGUGCCUCACUCUACCGGUUCACGUUCCCGCUUGAGAAGGCGAGGGAUAUCCUGGGAGGGUACCCGGCGGCGAUAGAUCCGUCCAACAGCAACUUUCUCAACAUGAUGACGGCCGACGACGAGACGCACCGCAACAUCAUCUUUUAUCCCUGCCGUGACACGACGCUACUCAACGUCGUGGCGAGGAUCCCCGACGCCAUGCUCUCGGUGGAGAGCAUCACGUCUUGGAACGCCGAGGGGAGCGCGAAGGAGAUGCUGGAUCACUUUUUCGACUUUGCCCCGUGGAUGCUGGCGAUUAUGAAAAACGCUCAAAACAUCCACCUCUACAAGGUCAAGGACGCAGACCCGCUCCCAACCUACACCCGCGGCUGCGCCGUCCUCGUCGGCGACGCAGCGCACCCGAUGACGCCGUUCCAGGGCCAAGGCGCGACACAGGCGAUCGAGGACGCCGAAGGAUUACGGCUGCUUCUCCAUGAGAGUGUCCGCGCCGAUGACCUGGAGAGCAUCACGUUGGCGCUGCGAACGUGGGACUCGGUGCGCAGGCCGCGCGCGUCGCAAGUGCAGCAGAACUCGAGGCACGUGACGGAUAUGUCGGCGCAGGCGCAGCUUGAUCGGAUGAGGUUGAACUGGACGUAUAACGGGAUUCACGCGGCGUUGAGGAACCGGUAG